AAAAAAAAAUAGAACAGAAAAUAGAGAGAAGAAAAAUCGAAGAAUUGGAGGUGAGGGUGUGGCUACCACAUACAUCUAUCCCAAAUUCAAAAGAAUGCCAGCCCAAGGACUGGUAGUGUUGCCCAAUUCUGCUUCCGACCUCAAUCUCUACCCGCGAAUUGUUUCUUUCGGUUGCCGCUGCCAAUGCCAUCCUCCAUUUCCUCCCCUUAAUUUCCCUCUUUCCACAGUAAACCGAAAAGAAAAGAUUUAUAGACUUAAGGCGAGCUUCUGGGAGUCUAUUAGAUCAGGGAUUUUAAAAAACAAUACUACUAUCCAAGUUGUAGAGCCUCCCGUCACUACUGAAGAAGAGGAAGAGCCCUUGCCCGAGGAAUUUGUUCUCGUUGAGAGCACCAGACCUGAUGGAACAAUUGAGCAGAUAAUUUUUUCUUCCGGUGGGAAUGUUGAUGUGUAUGAUCUCCAGACUUUAUGCGAUAAGGUUGGUUGGCCUCGGAGGCCUCUGUCAAAGCUAGCGGCAGCCCUUAGAAAUAGCUACAUGGUUGUUACUCUCCAUUCCGUUAGCAAGUCAACUGGAGAAGAGGGAAAUGACCAAAAGAGGUUGAUAGGAAUGGCCCGGGCUACAUCCGAUCAUGCUUUCAAUGCGACAAUUUGGGAUGUCCUUGUUGAUCCUUCUUAUCAGGGCCAAGGACUUGGAAAAGCCCUGAUAGAGAAGCUUAUAAGGGCUCUUUUGCAGCGUGACAUCGGAAAUAUUUCACUCUUUGCAGAUAGUAAAGUUGUGGAGUUCUAUCGAAACCUAGGAUUUGAAGCUGAUCCAGAGGGCAUCAAGGGUAUGUUUUGGUACCCGAAAAACUAGUAUAUCUCCACAGUCAAAAGGGCGGCGUUGGUAUGACGUGAGUGCGUAUGCAGCAGCACCCGGAGAGCCUGUAUCUUUAUGCAGUACAUAAUAAUGAUACUCCCAAGAUUUUACUGAAUGAAGUAGUCUUUCUAGAACAGGUUAAUUCUGUAUAAUGGAUGAUUGUGUCAGAAUGUUACUAUGCAAGAAUAUGAUAAUUCUUGGAUAUAUGUUACUAUAAAAUAGCAAUUGGGUAUAUUUUAAUGUUGUGACGAUGUGUAACAGGUGAAUGUAAAUUUAAAUGCAAAAAAAACCAUUGUCUUUAA